CUAUCGGCUUUGAACAUUUAUUGCUUUGUUCGGACCACAGUGGUGUCGUCGAGUAUGUCUGAUUGUCUGUGUGCGUUAGAUACACGCGUACAUGCGAUUACGGAUUACAUAUAUACACAACAAACAUCACACACACACGUAUACUAUUAUAUAUACACACAUCUCGAUGCUAAGAAAAAAAAACAUCAUCUUCUGAGAUUUUAACCUUUUAAUACUCGAAAUAGACAAGAAGAAGAAGAGAAAAAGAUGUAUUGUCUUCAAGUUGCAGCAUAUCACUUGUUCUUCAACGCAUCUCGGAUAUGUUAUCUUCUUGCUCUGAUUAUUUUUGUCUUUCUCAGAUUCUUCGCUAUUUUCCAGAAUAUCUCACCAGAUAAUCGAGUCGGCGAGCCAAGAACGGCAUCGUUUAUGAGGUUUAGUGAUACACAACAAGCUCAGGGAGAUUUUAAUCUAACUUUCUCUGGUGUUUUCUUAGAAUCUGUAAUCAAAGAUGUCGCUGAAAUUGUUUUUUAGUUUUAUUUUGUAGUAUUGUUUAAUUAUGUACUUAUCGUUAUAUUAAUUACCAUGUUAAAAAAAAUCCAGUCUCAUCGCUGUUAUUCGUACCUUUCUUUAAUACGUGAAGUAAAACUAAAUUUUGAAUAGUAGGUUAGACCGCA